AUGAAGUCUUCAAGUACAACUAUUUCAACGGGUGUCGUUGUUGCGGUUGUUAUUGGAAUAGUCGUCGUUGCAAUCUGCUGUUCAAUUGCAUCUGCAAUCACUUUGUAUUUUGUUAUGAGAAAGAAGAAGGAGAGUUCAUCUACACCAGCCGUCGCUGCUGCUGGGGCACCUCAGUCGCCAGCACCACAAAUCAUUGUUGUUCAGGACAGAUAG